AUGGUCAGAACUACCUUAUGUUCUUCACAUACUGAGGAAUCAAAGAGCUUUGCUAAUGAAGCGCUGGAUGAUCUGGAAGUCCCUGCCCUGACAAAUGACACAGAUGGAUCAUCAGCCAAGAGAACCAAGAGAUAUGUAAACUCCUUCAAUGGUUACUUCUACGCUGUCUGCCCAUCCACCCAAACCAUCUCUAGGAUUUCCAGUUACCACAGUAAUGCCUAUGAGGAUCGUCGGUUCAGCUUCAGCUGCAAAUCCACAUUCAGCUCCACCCCCACGUGCACUGGCAGUGGUUAUGUGAACAGCUUUAAUGGUGUUCUCUCCUACACCUGCCCUUCCAACUACGUCAUGUCAGGAGUAGCCAGUUACCACAGUAACACCUACCAGGACCGCAGGUUCUACAUCAGGUGUUGCAGAGCCCCUGGCCAUUACCACCACAGCUGCCGUUGGACCCCCUGGGUGAACUACUAUGAGGAGUACUUCAACUGGUAUGUGCCCAACUACAACUACCUGGCCGGAGUCUACUCCAUCCACCACAACACUCCCCAGGAUCGCCGCUUCAGGUUCCUCUACUGUGCAAAGUAUUGAGGACCUUGACAGAGAGAAGUUCAACACCGUCGCGACUCACAUGAAAAUAAAGUUUCUAAAUUAGGUGUUU